AUGGACCUCCAGGAGACGCAACGUCUCCUGUCGGAGUACCUUCACGAACUCGCGAACCUCUUCCAUCGUGUCCCCGGCUCUGCGAUCUUCCUCCGCUACGUGAAAUCCAGUUAUCAGGACGACCCAAUUCGAUCUGCGGUCGAGCUUUUCCUGUUUCUCUUUGCCGUGCGCUACUUGCUCGCCCCUAAGUACUCCACCAAGCCUGGUGUCGUGCCCUUGACCGAGGAUGAAAUCGAUGACCUCGUUGAUGAGUGGACUCCCGAGCCGCUAGUGGCCCAGCCCACUGCCCUGGAAGAGAUGGAGAUCGAAAAGCGAAUGGUGAUUGUUGGUCCUGUCGGUCCCAAGUCCAAGCUCGCCAACGGUCGCACUGUCAACAACCUCUGCUCCUACAACUUCUAUAAUUUCAACACGAAUGAGUCUCUCAAGGAGCAGGCUAUUCAAACCUUACGCAACUAUGGUGUAGGUCCCUGCGGUCCCCGCGGAUUCUACGGUAGUCAGGACGUGCACAUGAAGACCGAGGCCGAUAUUGCCUCUUUCCUGGGAACACCGGCCUGUAUCAUGUACUCACAAGCGUUCUCGACCAUUUCCAGUGUCAUUCCUGCGUUUUCCAAGCGUGGUGACAUUAUUGUUGCGGAUAAGGGUGUUAGCUUUGCUAUUCGCAAGGGAAUCCAGAUCUCCCGGAGUAUCGUUCGGUGGUACGAGCACAACGAUAUGGAGGAUUUGGAGCGUGUCCUUGCCAAGGUUACCAAAGAGCAGGCCCGAAAGCCGCUGACUCGGCGGUUCAUCAUUACUGAGGGACUGUUCGAGUCAUACGGUGACCUGGUUGACCUGCCCAAGAUUAUCGAAUUGAGACUCAAGUAUAAGUUCCGCCUUAUUCUCGACGAGACCUGGUCCUUCGGAGUCUUGGGCCGCACCGGACGCGGUAUCACCGAGCACCAGAAUGUCGAUGCUGCCGAGGUCGAUAUGAUUGUGGGGUCAUUGGCUGGUCCUCUUGUUGGAGGUGGAGGUUUCUGUGCAGGAUCUGAAGAAAUUGUUCACCACCAGCGGAUUUCAGCUGCGGCGUACACCUUCUCCGCUGCACUUCCUGCUCUGCUAUCGACUACUGCUAGUGCGACUAUCAACCUUCUUCAAAAUAGCCCGGAGACUGUUACGCAACUUCGGGAGUUCACAAAGGCUAUGCGCGCUCAGCUGGAUCCCCGCAGUGACUGGGUCUACUGCACUAGCGCUCCGGAGAACCCAGUUCUUAUCUUGAUUAUCAAGCCGGAGGUUGUCGCCUCCAAGAGACUCUCCUAUGAGGAUCAGCAGUAUCUGCUCCAGGAUGUUGUUGACGAGUGCCUUGCCAACGGAGUCCUCAUCUCCCGCCUCAAGACACUUGAAGAUAACUUCCAGCCUAAACAGGUCGUGCCGCCCGGUCUCAAGGUCUGCGUAACCAUCGGCCUUACCAAGAAGGAGAUUGAGAAAGCUGGCACCGUCAUCCGGCACGCUAUCACGAAGGUGAUGAGCAAGAAAAAGUGA